AGGCGGCAACUCUCACACACACUGCAUCAAAACUUUGAGUCCGUCGCGCAGUUCACAUCCAUGUCGUGAUAUUGUUACUUUUCGUUGUUUUCGUCUGUGAAACAUUAAUUAACUCUUAGCUAGCGCAACGCGAUAAGCUCGAUGUAAUCAAAUAGCACAUAGAAAACGCUCAGCAGUCGAAUUUAGAUAGGAUAAACAUAAGUUGUAUAGCUUUACCGUUUAUCACUGAUCGUGCUGUGUGUGUGUUUUUGGCUUGCCCUGUAUUGGUGGCCAAAUAACUGGACUUUCCGAAUUUUGCGCAGUUUCCUUAAAAGUUAACGGGCUUUCCAUUUCGAAUUACGGAAUCACGACCUUACAAAGCUAUCGAAUAUGGCACGCGACACUGAAGGAACCCAGGGAACCCAAAGUCAGGCUUCCAAUAUUUGGACUCAAGUGGAAAGCCAGCCGAUGGAGAAAAUCGUCUGGGGUCGUUUGUACGGCAAAAAUAUUAAGAUCAAAUCGUUGGGUACGAGCUCAAAAUACCGAAUUCUAUAUACGCAUUCGUCCUUUUCUGUUGAUCUCAACAAUGACGAGUUCACCGCAGGACGAGGCGAGGCCAAUGAUUUAAUCCUCACACUCAACGAUUUGCCUGAGAAAAUUCUGACGCGCAUUUCCAAAGUGCAUUUUAUCAUAAAACGGGCAAAUUGCGAGCUUACCAAUCCGGUUUACAUACAGGAUCUCUCACGCAACGGGACCUUUGUGAAUAACGAAAAAAUUGGAACAAACAAGAUGAGGAUCUUGAAGAACGACGACGUGAUUUCCCUGUCCCACCCAACAUACAAAGCCUUUGUAUUUAAGGAUCUCAGUCCCAACGAGUCGAUCGGCCUGCCCGAGGAGAUUAACAAAACGUAUUAUGUAAAUCGCAAACUGGGCUCGGGAGCCUACGGACUGGUGCGUCUCGUCUAUGACACCCGCACCUGCCAGCAGUUCGCGAUGAAAAUCGUUAAGAAAAACAUGCUGUCUGGUGCGCGACCGAGUACAAAUUUUAGUGAUCCCGAUAGGGUGCUAAAUGAGGCCAAGAUUAUGAAGAAUCUUUCACAUCCGUGCGUGGUGCGCAUGCACGACAUCGUGGACAAACCGGACUCGGUUUACAUGGUCCUGGAGUUUAUGCGCGGCGGGGACUUGCUCAAUCGGAUCAUCACUAACAAGCUGCUAAGCGAGGAGACUUCUAAGCUUUACUUUUACCAAAUGUGCCAUGCCGUCAAAUACCUCCACGAUCGGGGCAUCACCCAUCGUGACCUAAAACCAGACAAUGUCCUGCUGGAGACCAACGACGAAGAGACCCUGCUAAAGGUCUCCGAUUUCGGUCUAAGCAAGUUUGUACAGAAGGACUCGGUGAUGCGCACGCUCUGUGGCACACCUCUCUAUGUGGCCCCCGAGGUGCUAAUAACUGGCGGCCGAGAAGCCUACACCCGAAAAGUAGACAUCUGGAGCUUGGGCGUAGUGCUCUUCACUUGCCUGAGUGGCACGUUGCCGUUUUCAGACGAGUACGGAACUCCGGCAGCCCAGCAGAUUAAAAAGGGCCGGUUCGCCUACGGACAUCCGGCAUGGAAGGGCGUUUCGCAGCGUGCCAAGUUGCUCAUCAACCAAAUGCUCAUUGUGGAUCCCGAAAGGCGACCCUCAAUCGAUGACGUCCUGCAGUGCAGCUGGCUGCGGGACACGCAAAUGCUGCAAAAAGCCAAGAGGUUGAUGAAGCUGGAGAGCAUGGAAAUAGAGGAGGAGAAUAACUUUCUCGAGCCGCCAACGAAGCGAUCGCGACGAUAACUUUAUUUCUAUCUUUGCGGAAAAGGCGUGAAAAGGUUUUAAUUUUCUGGAAAAAUUAAGCGAUAACAUUUUUCCCCAUUCGCCGCUGCAUACGAUUGUAUGAUUGCUGUUCAAGUAUUUUUUUGCGGUUGUUUAUUUUUACGUGUUGUCUAGUGUAAGUUUCAUCACCCAAGCCCGAAAACUCCUGUUAAACUGCAUUUAUUUCUGGGCCUUGCAUUUACAAUCAUUUUAAGCUUCUUAUCGAUCAGAAUUUCGGCAUUCCAUUGGAAUAUAAUUACGAUAUAUUAGCCAGUAAUUGUUAAGCAACUAUAAGUGUUAUAUGUAAGACUUGAUUUGACUCUUUACCGAACAAUUUGGCUUUUUGAAAUAAAGCAAUUAAAUCUGGUUCUACGAAAA